AGUUCUGGAACUGUUCGUCAAAGAGUAGGGAGUGGCCCGAACAGAGCUCGGGGGGGGAACCGCCGUCGAUGGCGGCGAAAGGGGAGAUCUUGGAGCUGAAGAGGAACUCCGGCCCCGGCAAUAACUGGGACAAGAUAGUGAACGGCGCGGUGAAGAUAGAGAAGAGAUUGUUCCCGAAGCACGAGUCGCUGGCCAGAUCGUUCGAGGAGGAGCUGAGGAAGAAGAACACCGGGUUGCUUUACUUGGAGCUGGACGGCGAAGUCGCGGGCUAUGUCAUGUACGCUUGGCUUUCUUCGCUGUGCGCCUCCAUCACCAAGCUCGCAGUCAAAGAGAGCUGUCAGAGGCAAGGGCAUGGCGGGUCACUGCUGCGGGCGGCGAUGCAGAAGUGCAGGGAGAGGAAAGUGCAGAGGGUCUCGCUUCACGUGGAUCCCCUGAGGGCUCCCGCCAUGAAUCUGUACAAGAAACUGGGGUUCCAAGUCGACAGCUUGAUCCGAGGCUACUACUCUUCGGACCGCGAUGCCUAUCGAAUGUUCUUGGAUUUCGAUGCGGACUGAUUCACUGUCCCAAAAACGAACGAUGCCUUCAUCUCAGACUCUUAAAGUUACCAGUGCAUUGACAAAGACUGCAACGACUAUGUUGAAUGCACAUGCACUUUUAUUGAUUGGGACAAAGACUACUAUUUUUGGCAAAAUGUUCAAUGUUUAUUCAAAUCUCUAAUUUUAUUUUUCCAA